GCACCAAUCCAUCCAAGGCGGGGACUCCAUAGACGCGAACUCUAUUCCUCCACCGGCAACGAAGACAGCCGUGACGAGAAUAGGGGAAGACCUCCAUCGUUUGCGGUGAGCUCGUGGUUGGAAACAGAAACAGAACUGGCAAGGCCGUUCUUUGCUCCGGCGAACCAGCGACGAUAUCUUGGACAUUUACUCCGGCGACCUCUAUCUUUUCCGGCGACUUCAUCUGACUCCAGACAACCGGCAACGAAGUAAUCAUCCGGCGAUUCAGCAACGCCAAAGCAGACAGCAACUCUAGUCCGGCGACCCCCUUUUGCCUCUAGCGUGAAUCUUCCUCUCCAAUCCAACAAUGUCCUGGCUGUUUAGGGAUAACCAGGCGGGACCUAGGCAGCGGGAACUAGGCUCUGAAGUCAAUCGGGUAGUAGCGGUCAAUUCGAGUAGCGAUUAGGCAUGUCUGCAACUUUGACGAGCGAUUCCGGUGAUGGCAUCUGGAUGUCUCUCUUUUGAAUUGAAUCUGAUAAAUCGAGGAUGGUGAUUGAUGCGGACACUUUGAUGCAAAAGUAUCCUAAUGUUUCUUGAGAAGAAAUUGACAAAUUCCGAACAAUUGCUUAUUACCCAGCUUUUAGUGAGUUCCGCUUUGAGCAUAGGGUGGCUGAGCUUCACCGUGUGAGAGAAGAAGAGAAGAAACAUGGUAAGCAAGCUUUUCUAGUAGGACCCUUGGUCCAACUGAUUUCAGUACAAUUUCUACCUGCAGUAGAUAAUUUGGAUCGAAACCAAUCUUUCACCAUUUAUGGUCAAAUAUAUGCUGAAUUCCCUGAUACCACUAGUGAAAAUUGGAUUGUCCAAGAUUUCUACAAUCGGAAGAGUAGUGAUGCUCAAGUCCUUGAAAAAGAUGGCUUCUUAACUCUGAUUACCCCAGAUUGUUCUCGUUGGCCAUUUAAUGGACACAUGGAGCAUGCUAGGCUGGUUGUAGAUGUUUAUGUGGGGGAUGAGAACAUAUGUGCUUAGUUUGGUUGUGCUGAUGAUGUGACUGACCAGGAGCAUCUUAAAUGGAAACGGAUCCAUCGUGGUUUUGGUUCCCUUGCAUUGUGCUACAGUGUUAUACCAUUUGCUAUUUAUGGUCGUGUAGAGGUCUGCUUCUUUCGUACGCAGGGUUGCACACAAAAUGUUGAUAAUCAUUUUCUUAAAGUGAAUGGAAAAGUUGUUGCUCGUUCUUGCAACAGUUUUGAGGGUUAUGCGCAUUUUGAUAAGAAGCCUAAUGAAUUUGAAGAAGUAGAAACUAGUAAUCGGGGAAGGUUGAACAUGUCUAGAAGUUGGGUUGGUUUGUCGGCCAAUACGUCCCUUAUCAUUGACAUUCACUUAUCAGAAUACAGAACGGAGCACAAAAUUCUCAGAAAAUCUUUAGACGUGCAAAUCCGAAAUGAUGUUCCGUGUGGUGAUGACUUCAUCAUAGGUGACAUUUGUAUAACUGUGUCUGUGUUAUGGUACUCGCCUACACAGGGAAGGUGCUUCAAGGAAAAAUCUGGAAUGUUGCUCGAUAAUGUGUCCUCUAGACAUGAAUUAUCUUCACAAGAAACCAGCGAAGAAGAGGAUGAUGGUGAUGACGAAAUGAGUGAGUCUGAUGAUACUCAGUCUGGUGAUACUGAAGGGCCAUCAAACAUUAGCCGUUGUUGGAAGUGUGCGCAUCUGGACAUACCAUUAGCGUCCAGUGCAUUGCAAAUAUUCUCUGUCUUUAUUGGCCGAGAAAAGCUGAAGGCUUUGCAAAUAUAUGGCUCGAUUAAAGUUUUGUCUCCUCCAUGCUCCUACUACAUUUUCAACAAAGAAGCCAGUGGUGCCUUUGGAUUAGGGGAAGGUUGUAAAACUAUUCCAGUACUACAUGGCCCAGGAGUACGUGAUGAUUGCCGAACAGUGAAAACGGAGUUUGACUUGAAAGAUCUGAGUAGUCCCUUGCAUAUUAGGGGUCGUGUAAAAUUGCACUGGAGCUUGUUUAUUAAUAGUCCAACAUGGAAUGACAAACUGCUAUGCUCAGUUGUGCAAGGUGAGCAUGGUUUUGCUGCAGUCCAUUACGCUCUAUUUUCUGAGGCGGUCCAAGCAAAUGUUCAGCGAUCGUAGGGUUUCUUCGCCAUUCAGAUCUGGAAUUCGACGGCGUAAGACGCCCCAGGCGUCCCUGCGGUUGCGGCGACGACAACUAGGCGUAAGACGCCCCAGACGUCUAGGCGUCCCUGCGGCGACGACUAGGCGAGCUCCGGAAAUUAAGUCGAGUCGAAGGAGCAUGGCAAGAAAAAAGUUCCGACUGGACGCCUAGGCGACGCCGUAAUAACUAUGGUGCACUUUGUAUUGAAUUUCUGAAGUGAAUUGUGAGACAUAUCAGUUGAUUAGUGGCAUGAAUCAAUCUGUUAAUUAGAUGCAUGUAUGUGGUUAGGCAAGCAUUACAAAAUUUUAAUUGGGCAAGCAAUAUAUGUGUUCUAGAUUG